CAUUUCAUCUCUUUCCAAUUCCUCACUGUUUCAAGCUCAGACUUAUUAGAUCACUCACUGUCACAGCUUUUUUUUUCCCCUUCAUUUAUUUCUCUCUUUGAGGAAAAAAGUUUAUAUUUUGCAGAAAGAACCCUUCACUUUGUAGUCUUGACAUCCUUUUUCUUGUUCUUCAUCAUGGUUAAGAUUUGUGUUCCUCUUGACAUUUCUUUGUUUAGUUCUUUCAAAAAACCAGCUUUUUUCUAAUGCUAAUACUUUUGUGGCUCUCUCGAAAAAGAGAGCCGAUUUUUGUUAUUGUGUAAUAAAAAAAAACAGUUGAGUUGACCCCCUUUUUGUUCUGGUUUAAAUAAUUGGAUCUUUGAGAGACAUCAAAACACAAACAGCUGUUUCAAAGAUUGCUUCUUUGAAAUGGCUAUGGCGAUGACACAUCAUCACAACAGGGAAAGCAGCGUAGACAAGCAUUUAGAUACAGGCAAGUAUGUUAGGUACACAGCUGAACAAGUUGAAGCUUUGGAACGUGUUUAUGCUGAAUGUCCAAAACCAAGUUCUUUGCGUAGGCAACAGUUAAUAAGGGAAUGUCCUAUUCUUUCUAACAUUGAGCCUAAACAGAUCAAAGUUUGGUUCCAAAAUCGCAGGUGUAGAGAGAAACAAAGGAAAGAAGCUUCAAGGCUUCAAACAGUAAAUAGAAAAUUAACAGCAAUGAAUAAGCUGUUAAUGGAAGAGAAUGAUAGGUUGCAAAAACAGGUUUCUCAGUUGGUUUGUGAGAAUGGGUACAUGAGACAGCAAUUGCAUACUGUAAAUGCAUCUGCGACUGACGCGAGCUGUGACUCUGCGGUUACCACUCCUCAGCAUUCACUGAGAAAUGCUAAUAACCCUGCUGGACUCCUCUCUAUUGCGGAGGAGACCUUGGCAGAGUUCCUUUCCAAGGCUACGGGAACUGCUGUCAAUUGGGUCCAGAUGCCUGGGAUGAAGCCUGGUCCAGAUUCAGUUGGGAUAUUUGCCAUUUCCCAAAGUUGUAGUGGAGUGGCAGCUCGAGCUUGCGGUCUUGUAAGUUUAGAACCUACAAAGAUUGCAGAGAUUCUUAAAGAUCGUCCAUCUUGGUUCCGGGACUGUCGGAAGCUUGAAGUUUUCACCAUGUUUCCAGCUGGCAAUGGUGGUACGAUUGAGCUUGUAUACACACAGAUGUUUGCUCCGACUACAUUGGCUCCUGCAAGGGACUUUUGGACUCUAAGAUACACUACAACUUUAGAGAACGGCAGUCUUGUGGUAUGUGAGAGGUCUCUUUCGGGUUCCGGAGCUGGCCCGAGUGUGGCUUCCGCAGCUCAAUUUGUGAGAGCUGAAGUGCUUCCUAGUGGCUAUUUGAUUAGGCCUUGUGAGGGUGGAGGGUCGAUUAUCCAUAUUGUUGACCAAUUGAAUCUUGAGGCAUGGAGUGUGCCGGAGGUCUUGCGCCCCCUUUACGAAUCAUCCAAAGUAAUUGCUCAGAAAAUGACUAUUCCGUAUGUGAAGGCGCUGCGCUACGUUAGGCAGAUUUCCCAAGAGACAAGCGGCGAGGUGGUUUACAGUUUGGGCAGGCAGCCUGCUGUGCUUAGAACAUUUAGCCAAAGAUUAAGCAGGGGCUUCAAUGAGGCAAUAAAUGGAUUCAACGAAGAUGGCUGGUCGAUAAUGAAUUGUGAUGGUACUGAGGAUGUGAUAAUUGCUAUUAAUUCCAGCAAGAGCUUGAGCAACAGUUCGAAUCUGAGCACCGGUCUUUCAUUCCUCGGGGGUGUUCUAUGUGCAAAGGCAUCCAUGCUGCUUCAGGAUGUUCCUCCUGCUGUUCUUGUCCGAUUCUUGAGGGAACAUCGUUUGGAAUGGGCUGAUUUCAAUGUCGAUGCUUAUUCAGCUGCAUCAUUGAAGGCCGGAACAUAUGCUUAUCCUGGAAUGAGACCUACAAGUUUUACUGGGAGUCAGAUCAUCAUGCCACUCGGCCAGACGGUCGAACACGAAGAGCUGCUCGAAGUUAUAAGACUCGAAGGCCAGUCUCUUACGCAAGAAGAUGCCUUUCUAUCAAGGGACAUUCAUCUAUUACAGAUAUGUAGUGGAAUUGAUGACAAUGCGGUUGGGGCCUGUUCGGAGCUUGUGUUUGCACCAAUAGAUGAGAUGUUUCCGGAUGAUGCUGCCUUACUACCUUCGGGAUUCCGCAUUAUCCUGUUGGAGUCAAAACCAGAUUCGUCGGCUACAAAUCGGACUUUGGAUCUUACUUCGAGUCUCGAAGUGGGGCCUGCAACAAGCCAAGCUGCCGGAGAUUCUCCGUGUCAGAACGCACGAUCGGUGUUGACAAUUGCCUUCCAGUUUCCCUUCGAUACCAAUCUUCAGGAUAAUGUUCUGACCAUGGCACGCCAGUAUGUCCGUAGCGUCAUUUCUUCUGUCCAGAGGAUUGCUAUGGCCAUAUCUCCAUGUGGAUCGAGCCCAACUAUAGGACCAAAGCCAUCUCCAGGUUCUCCCGAAGCACUUACGUUGGCUCAUUGGAUCUGCCAGAGCUACAGUUUCCAUUUGGGGGAAGAGUUGUUGAAAUCCGAAUCACUUGGUGGCGACUCAGUAUUGAAGAAUCUUUGGCAACAUCAGGAUGCAAUAUUGUGUUGUUCGUUGAAGUCUGUACCGGUUUUCAUCUUCGCAAAUCAGGCCGGUCUAGACAUGCUUGAGACAACUCUAGUGGCUCUACAAGACAUCACACUGGACAAAAUAUUCGAUGAGUCGGGACGGAAGGCAUUGUGCUCUGAUUUCACCAAGUUGAUGCAGCAGGGAUUCACUCACUUGCUGGCCGGAGUUUGCAUGUCGACAAUGGGCCGCCACGUCUCGUAUGAACAAGCUGUUGCUUGGAAAGUACUUGCAGCUGAUGCAAACACUGUCCAUUGCUUGGCAUUCUCUUUUAUAAACUGGUCUUUUGUGUGAACAAAAAAGAAAAUUAUAAUUUAAAUUUUCCGAAUAUCCAGUUUUUUUUUCUCUCUAGCCAAACAUGAAUGGGGAGUAAAAUGAAAUGAAAAAGAACGGAGAAAGUUCAGCUCA